UCAUGUUUACUUUGCUGAUGUCAGGUACCACGGUCUGGUUAUCUAUGACGCGGCGUCGGAUAGCGCCUGGCGUGCCGAGAAUAGAUUCAUGUACCCACAUCCCGAACAUGGAAUACAUACGAUUGCCAACGAAAGCUUCCAGCUGAUGGAUGGCAUGUUUGCUUUGUCUGCGGAUGACAGCCAACUCUACUUCCAUCCCUUGGCCAGCGGUAGCGAAUAUGCGAUUUCUUUGAGCGCCUUGAACAAUCGUACAAUUUGGGAUGCCAACGCGGACUCAAUUCCAGAUGAAUUCCAACUGAUAGCCAACCGCAAUAGUGGAUGCGGAGCCGAAGCGAUAGACAGUCAAUCGAAUUUAUACUGUGUUUCAUUUAAUCCGAUCACGUUGAGCCUGUUGCCUCUGAAAAAUGAUACAGUGAGUGAAAUUGCAGUGUCGGUAGAAGAGAGUCUAUUAGAGUUUGUCAGUGGCAUAAAGGUGUUCAACGGCACAGGCGAGGAAGAAUUGUGGAUGAACUCGAAUCGUUUUCAGAAAUUUAUGGCAGGCACUUUGAGUGCUAGCGAAGUUAACUAUCGCAUUGUGAAGCGGCAGGUGGAUGACAUACAGGCGCAGUACAACUGAUAUCUUCUUAACAAUUGAUUAAUGUUUUUGUUUCCUCACCAGUUGAAAUUAAACUUAUA